UGAAGCGGGACGGGAUAACGACCCGUUAACGGGUCCCCGCGGCUUGUAAUAUAGGGGGAGAGGGGGGGAGAGAGGGAGAGAGAGAGAGAGAGAGAGAAGUCAGAAUUGGUAAUUAACCCUGUGCGGGCAGUGAUGGUGGUGUCGAGUUAUUUUCAGGCCUCAGGUUAAAUGGAACCUAUCUUUGGAAGCCUAAAGAUCCAGGCUGACUUAUGCUUGGCAUAGCAGCUAUUCCGAAAGAGGGGGCAGACAUGAGCGGGGGAGGCGAGCAGGCUGACAUACUGUCAGUUGGGUUUCUGGUAAAGGAACGCUGGAAAGUGCUGAAAAAGAUUGGCGGUGGAGGCUUUGGGGAAAUCUACGAAGCUCUAGACCCAUUGAUCCGGGAAAAUGUAGCCCUAAAAGUGGAGUCAGCCCAGCAACCAAAACAGGUUCUCAAAAUGGAAGUUGCUGUCCUGAAGAAACUACAAGGGAGAGAUCAUGUUUGCAGAUUUAUUGGCUGUGGAAGGAACGACCGAUUUAACUAUGUUGUUAUGCAGUUGCAGGGUCGAAACCUUGCUGAUCUACGUCGCAGCCAAUCAAGAGGAACAUUUAGCAUCAGCACAACUCUGCGACUGGGGAAACAGAUUCUCGAAGCAAUUGAAAGUAUUCACACUGUGGGAUUUCUUCACAGAGACAUCAAACCUUCAAACUUUGCAAUGGGUCGUCUUCCUAACACCUGUAGAAAGUGUUUUAUGCUGGACUUUGGUUUGGCAAGACAAUUCACAAAUUCGUGUGGAGAUGUUAGACAUCCUCGCGUGGUAGCAGGAUUUAGAGGCACUGUCCGCUACGCAUCAAUCAACGCACAUAAAAACAGGGAGAUGGGUCGACACGAUGACCUCUGGUCCUUAUUUUACAUGUUGGUGGAGUUUGUUGUCGGGCAGCUACCAUGGCGGAAGAUAAAGGACAAGGAACAAGUGGGCCUAAUAAAAGAGAAGUACGAACACCGCCUUAUGCUGAAGCACCUCCCCUCUGAGUUUGUUCUGUUCCUGGAUCAUGUCCUCUGUUUAGAUUAUUUCACAAAACCAGAUUACCAGUUGCUGAUGUCUGUCUUUGACAGCAGCAUCAAAGCAAAUGGGGUUGUUGACAGCGACCCGUUCGACUGGGAAAAAACUGGAACGGACGGAUCCCUCUCAGUGAUAACCACCUCCACCACUCCUCAGUUGCAUACACGGCCGACAGCUGCUGUGUUCGGAAUUGCUAAUGCUUCCCUGGUACCAGGAGACCAGAUGAAGGAGAACACUGAUGAAGUCCUGCAGGAUGAACAGCUCAGUGAUGGCGAGAAUGCUAUUCCAGGCAUCAUCUCCCCAGAAAGGAUGGCAGAACUCCAGAACCCUCAGGGUCCUUACCUUGGCGAGAGGAAUGUUUGGGAGCAUGUGGAUAUUAACAGAAACAAAAUAAAAAUGGCCGUCAGUAAGGAAACACAUGGUGGCACAGAGGAAGAGAACAGCCAUGGCCCUGGAACCGGAGCACAUAACGGGCCAAGUCUGGGCUCCCCCAUGAAGGUGCGUUCUGAAACCUUACAGCCUGACCGGGAAGUCCCAUUGCUGAGAAAGUUAAGAUCAAUUCACAGCUUGGAGUUCGAAAGGCGUCUCACUUUGGAGCCAAAGGUGGAUAUGAAUAAACUUUUUGAUGCUCGCUCAAAUCAGGCACAGCAAGACCUGGCCGGGGGUCAGGACGCUGCCGCUUCCCAGCCACCGAAAGCAUCCAUUGCCACCCGUACUGACAGAGUGUGGCACUUUGAUGAGGAGUAUGUCCCAGAUGGUUCAAAGCCUAUCUCUGUGGGAUCUCCCGAGCAGGGGGAUGCUGUCAUGAGCAAUGGGUUUGUCGCAGUUAAUCUAAGCUCCUGCAGGCAGGAUGUGGACUCCAAGGAGUGGGUCAUUGUGGAUAAAGAAUGUGACCUCCAGGAUUUCAGGACUGAUGGGGGUCAGGGGCAGAAACUCACCAGUCCAUCUGGCCGGACAGAUGAUGAAGAACCAGAGGUUCUCGUGGCAGACUCUCCACAAGAGGAAGGAUUAAAGUUAGAAGUUGCCAUUGUCAAGGAUAAGACCGUAAGUCCAAGAUCUGCCGAUCAUGGUGUUCGAACCACAUGUGGCGAUGUUGCUGCUAAACAUCAGCUCGCGACAAGAGCUGCUGGUCAGCUGCAGCAGGCGAAAGAUGAGAGUCUGGGGAGAAAACAGUUUGAAGGAGAUCACGUGCAGCUGAACAAAACUCAUUUGCCACAUCCCGAUACUCCAAGGAUGCAGAGUCCCAUCCGGUCCCCGAGCCCUGUAGCAUUCUUAUCCUCUGAUUCGGAUCCACUUCACAGGAAGCAGUCAGAUUUGCACAGGAGCCAGUCAGCUGAGAGCAAUCCAUCACGUUCCCCUGGUCGCAGGCAGCUGCCCUUCAUUCCCGGCAACACCAGGCUGCCUUCUAUCAUUCGCAUCUCGAAAGCUCAGCUCCAACAGAUAACUGGAGCCAAGCCUGCGAUAACACCUUCUUUGACCGCCUGUGUGAUUGUACAGCAUGAUAAACCAAGAGACACAGGCAAGCACAUGGUGCAAAAUACCAUCGAUACCAUAAAAAGAGCCCGGUCUCCACAAGACAAAUCCGCUUCAGCUGUGGUAUUGCCUGACACCUCGUAUAAGGGCGCUUCUAGAGUUGACCUUAAACUUGAAUUGGAAUUUGCAGACAAAGGUCCAACACAAGCAAUCGAGAUGACCAAGACCAGUGCAAUGCAGCACAUUAAUCAAGGUGAGGUGCUUGCCAAACAUUUCCCAGAAUCAGGCAAAGACAAAGAACACUCUCUUAGUUUGUCACAGGAAGUGGAGUGUGAAGAUGGACAUGUAGUAUCCGGAGAUGCAAGAAAUCAAGCUGUUGAAGGUCAGUGUCCGUCAGGAGAAAGUGACGCGUCUGCACAUGUGAAACCCACAGAUGAACUACUACACACUGGUAACAAGCACAGUCCACAAGCAAGCCCAAUGACACUGUCUUCUGUACCAAAACAGGAAGAAGAUAAACCUGCUGGUAUUCUAGAGACUAACAUGGAGGUAACAGGCGAAUUGCUUUCAUGUAGAGAAGAGGAUGUUCUAUCUAACCCUGUGGAGCACACCGAACUUGCAAUGGAUGGGUCAAAGGGGAAACUGCUUGAUGGACAAGACAGCUGCUUUUAUAAAUAUACUGAAGACUCGACUAACGAGGUACAGCCUUCAUCUAAUAUUUCAUAUGAAUGUGUGAGAGAGCUGCUUCAGACCGUUGAAUCUGAACACGAGGACGAUGCAGAGAGUAUUAGGAAAGACAAGUCGGACAUUGGCUAUAUUUCUGAGAUUAUGCAGAGAGAGAUUCAGGAGCAGCAAAGUAAUCUAUCAGAGUUAAAUGAGUUAAAAAAUGGAGAUUUGCUUCACAUUUUCACAGUUGGCGACAACUCGCUCCAUCCAAAAAAAGGGGAAGGCAAACCUUCUCUUCUCAGGCAAAGCCGCAUCCCAGUCCUUGCGUCCGACAUGGAGACGGGUUCCGAAUCAUCAGCUCCCGUCUCAGCUAAAGAAAAAUUGCUCCAAAAGAAGGCUCAUCAAACCGACUUGACGCGGCUAUUGGCUGAAAAGAGACAACACAGCCUUCGAGCAUCUCUUCUGGGUGAUUUUUCAUCUGCUUCCGAUAAGUCCCUGGAAGACAAGGCGUCCGUUCCUUCUGUUCCUCUUUCAGAUGAUGCUAACUGUUGCGGGACACUACCGGCAAAAUCUGCGGUGGAACAGCAUUCAGGCAGGCCUGUUGAUGAGGAUUCCCUGUCACUAACCAGUCUGCAAUCCAGGAGGAGCAAGAUCCCACGGCCAGUUUCACUGACCAACAUUGAACUGCUUGCCAAUUCGGCUUCAUCCCAGUUUGUCCCACGUCCACCUCCUGGGAAGCCACCUACCAGACCUAGCGUGGAGGUUCGGUUACGGCGAUACAGAGUAGUUGGUAGUGGCAGCUCCGACUCUGACCUGCUGACUCACCUUGCUCAAAUCCUUCAAAAUGGAUCCCAAAAGACGAGAAGCUCCUCGCAGUCCAAAAGCCCGCAAUCCCCUCGUAGCCCGAAAACUCCACCAAAAAGCCCAGUAAUCCCCCGGAGAAGUCCCAGCGCUUCUCCAAGGAGUGCCUCGCUGCCUCGCACUGCCAGCUCUUCCUCCUCUCGCGGACGCCCGUACACGGAUCAGCGAAGCUCAUCUCCGCACUUUGCCAGAAGCCGUUCGCCUCCCAGCUACUCUGGCUCCUCGCCCUCCCGAAGAAGCUUCCUGCAGGAGUAUGGCUGCAGUAAACAGGGCAAAAAUAGUUUAAAGGGACCCGGUAGUCCUCAUCACUUGUGUCAAAGCAAAUCAACAAAGGGAAAAUGCUCAGGCAGAGAUGGCAAAGCGUCCAGUAAACUCAGCAGAUAGUAAAAAAAAAGUGCAAAUAUUGUCUCUUCUCUUUUCCUCAUUGCAUGUUGUUUAGUCUUUAACUUCAAGAGAGAAAAAAAACUGCUGUCUUCUUAUCCCUUUCUGAACAAUAGCUUAUAUGCCAUUUUGAAUUCCAGUUGUUGGACAGGUGCUGCUUUGUAUAAACUAGGAUAGCUGUCAGGAAUUAAACCCUGGUUGUCUCUAUAGCACAGUACACUUUUGGUCCUCUGCUGUAUAGAGUGUUGAUAGAUUUUAUUUGGCUUCUGCUGGCUUGAGCUUCUUAAUUAGGAAAUACCAGUCCAGGACUUCCACCUUUUCCUAUUGUUAACAGUCUUCUAAUCUGUAAAUCUUCCGAUUGUUAUCUGUCUGUGUGCCAUUUUAGAUCUUGAGGGAAAUCUCAUAUAGAUGUAAGAAAGGCUGCUAUAGGAUUUUUUCAAUAGCCAAUAGUAAAAUAAAGGUUUUGCCAUUUUUUUACACUAAUGCCAACUAAGUUUAUUUUUGAAUGUAUGGUGUGUUUAGAUAAAUGCAAACUUAAUUUAAAAAACUUGAGUUGUAGAUUCAUAGAUGUAGAAAUAGCUGAAGGACCAUAUCAAACUAUUUUCGCUAGAUACUGUAGUACUGACAUCUGGUAAUAGACUAGUUCUCCUUGAUUUGUAAUUGUGGAAUUAAAGAAAAACUCUAUCCCUGAAUCACAUUGUUCAAAGCUUGUAAAACACUUUGAAAACAAGCAGCUUAAAGGAGAAGAAAGCUCAGUUAUUCCAUUCUUGUUGAUGUGUAACUUGAAACAAAUGACCCCCCUCCCCCCCAUAAUGAAUUCAUCCAACAUUAGCAUAUGCUCGAAAUUGUAAUAAAAAACACCUCGUAAUAAAAAAAAGGGAGGUCCAGCUAGCCAGUUAUUGUACUAACCAAUUACCCAUGUGCUGUGAUAACACAGCAUUGCCCAUCCAAAAUGAAAUAGACCAGAAAUUAAAUCUGGUACUCCUUGUAUCUAAAAAUAAAACUAAGGUUACUAGAGUACUGUAUGUGCACAUAUUGUGCAAAACAUCUAUAGAUCAUCAUUUGAUUGCCAUGUGCCUGACUAACAAUAUUAAUGUAUUUUAAUCACCUCACCACUGUUAAGGAAAGAAAAGUCUCUGGUUUAGGUCAUGUUUUCUUAAAUAGGAAUUUCCUGCAGAAUACUACAGUCAUCCGAAGCCUGUUUGUUUGUACGUGGAAAUCACAUCAGCUAAAACUUUUUGAAAGCUUGACUUGGGAGGGUAAAUUAUUGAAAAGGUGUAAAAUUUUCCAUCUAAAAUGUAGCGCAGUGGGGACUUCAAAUUUCUAAGGCUUUCAACAACAUGCUGUUUUGAAUGCUUGAAGAGAAAUUUUCAAAGAAAAACCUGUUUUAUGUUUUGUACAUUAUUGUAUUAUAGAUGCUAACAAUAAAUGCAUGCCCACAAUAAUAUGUAUGUAUUUAUUCAUUUCAUGUGGAUUAAACUUUGUUGAUCACAGGCUGCAAAGUAUGUUUUGCGUGCCUGAAAUACUCUUCGCUUCCCAUUAUUUACCUGGCAUGCAAAACCUGCAACAUAACGAUUUGGAAAUGCUCUUAACAGAUCAAAAUAGAAAUUAAAUGGUGCAAAAUAGAACUUAAAUGGUGCAAAAUAGAAAUUAAAUGGUUCUGAACAGGAAAAUGUAACUGUCUGUGACCUUACAAUGUGCUAAUUGUGAAACACGCAUUGAAAUUGGAAGUAGGACAAAUCGUUUUUCAUUCUUUCUGUAGUUGUACUGUAAAGGCAAAAAAAGCCCUAAUGCACACACACAUGUACACAUACAUUUGACAAAGCUGCUGCUUUUUUUNGUGUUUGACCAGGAGUUUGUAAAGAACUCUUUAUGUGGACUUUUUUGUGUUUAUAUAAAAAAAAGCUGUCGUACCCUUGUUGGAUUGCCUCAAUAGUCUAUGUUUAAAAGAUCGAGUCUCUUUUUCUUUCAUGCACACAGUCUUCCUGCAAACGAUGUUGGCCACAAACGUGCAGCUCUUCUUAACACUUGAAGUAUUUUUCAAAGUUCAGAUUUAUAAUCUGUAGCUAUGAAAACGAGAAUUGUGCAUAGAUGUUUUAAGGUAAUAAAAACAGACUAUGGGAUCCAACAAAAGGAGCUACGGGAGCUUUAACAAACUUUGGAGAGGUUUCUGCUGUUGAUGUGAAAUAGUCGCAGUUAAAUUUAAAUUGAUAUUGCAACAAUUUGCAGCCUCUCAAAGGAGAUUUACUGCACUUUUUAACCUGUAAAUUGAAGUGACUGGAUUAACGGUAUUAGUUUGUUUUACCUGAACAUUAAUUUAUAUUCACAUAUGUAAAUCAGAUGUCAAUAUACAGUUCAAAUAGAUCAGUAUACCAUAUGCAUGCAUUAAAAGUUGAUCUGAAGUCAUUUCAAACGUAAAUACUUUAUGUAAACAAUUAAGGAAGGGGCAGAUAAAUCACCAAACUUGAACUGGUGUCCUGUUUCAAUCAUUGUCCAUGUGACUUGGACUUGCUGUGAGCUACUUCUCACAGAUUAUGUGCACUGAAAGAUUUGGUUGCAUUCAGGGUGCUUGGUUUUUUUUGUGCAAAAACCUAAUUUCAGCACCAAUUUCCUUAUUUGAUGGUGUUUUUUUUCUUUGUCAGUCUUAUCAGAUAUAUUGUUUAACUGCUCUUGGGAAUGUAUAGCAUAAUGCACACAAGUUUAAAAAAGAUAGAAAUAAAGACAGGGCCCUAUAUAACUUAUAAAACCUCUUGCCUGAUUUCAGAUUGUAUUUAUUCAGACUGUAUUACGAUGGAUACCUUGUGCUAUCGUGCCAAACAGUAUGGUGAUAAAUUUACAAAUACAUAUACAGGGUUAACUGUGAGCAAAUGUAGACAUUUCAGAGCUCUUGAUUGUCUAAUGCAGGGUGGUCCAACCUUUUGGCUGCUGAGGGUCAGAUGUCCUAUUUGAGAAACAUCCGCGGGCUGCAUAAGGAAUGUUUUGGUGUUUCUCUUCCAAAAACAUAACAUUUAUGAGUUAUGGAGGGAGCGGGUGGGCCAGUUGAAAUUGAUGGAGGGAUGGGGGGGGGGGGGGGGGGGCGCGGAUGUGGCCUGUGGGCCACCAGUUGGACCACCCUGGAAAUGGAUAGCUUUAAUUUUGGUGUCUUUAUUGUGAUGCAAAAAUGCUUUCAAUUCCAAUUCCCACAAUUUAAUGGUCCAUGUAGGGUAACUUGAAAGAACAAAAAAUGGUUUGCGUCCUUCAGAUUAGUUUAAUUUUACACUGGGCAAGAAGAGGUUGUGUUUUAUGGAGCUCUGUAAAAGUCAAAUUAACAUGGUUUACAAAAGCAGCAAAAGUAUGAAAUUACCUGGUAUGUUUCAACCUCAGAAUAUAUAAGGAUGAAAAAAUGGCAUACAUCGUUUGAUGGUAGGGUGUACAUAAAGCUGUAAUUAUUUAAGUUCUUUGAUUUGUACCAUAUCAAAGCCUUGUACAGUGUUUUAUGUUGUGUUCUAAAAUUAUUUUAUAUUUUAUUUUUAUAAACAAGUAAAUAAAAUAUUCAUUAAGCAUGCCAACAUAUAAAUAUUUUUUGUCUUGUGUAUUCCAAUAAAAACAAGGAUGAUGAAUAUA